AUGGUCGGCGUUAAGCAACUCAGCCUGGCUGCCGUGCUCUGGCUUGGACUCGCUAGCCGUCGAUUCGCCCUAGAGAUUGAUGAAACCAACAACGACCUCAACCUUGCCUUGUGGCUAGAUAUAAUCUUGGUUUCGAAACUCGCGACCUCAACUGGAAUCUUGAUCUUGGAGAUUCGGGAUGAGGAUGCUGAUCUCGAGGCUCGUGACGAUCUUGUCUGGUAG